AUGGAUAUUUACAACUUUGUCCAAGAUGCUCAGCUACAACGGUUAACUUGUCUUCUACUUUUAUUCAAUUUGCAAAGAUUUGAUGCCAGCAAUAACAGCUUCUCUGGUUCAAUCCCUUCAUCUGUCAGCAGAUUUUCGCCUUCAAUUGUGCGUCUUGAUUUCUCCAAAAAUGACUUUGUAGGCCCAAUUUCACACGAUUUUGGCCAGUGUCACAAUUUAUUGAGACUACGAGCAGGUUUCAACAACCUUUCGGGUGCCAUUCCCAAUGAAUUGACAGGAAUGAUUCCUCAAGAUAUUGGGAGGCUCUCCAACUUGGAACAGUCAAGCUCCUUGAAGGUGAACUUUCUGCUUUUGAUUUCUCCAAAUUCAUUCAGCUUAGAUCAAUUGACCUCGGGAAUAAUUUCGUCAGAGGCAACUACCAUCAAGCCUUUCUUAUGCAAGAAUUUGAUUGCAAUUCGCAUGGCUACCAAUAGUUUUAAUGGAAAGGUUUUGCCUGAAAUAAUGGCAUUACAAUUUCUAUCCUUCUUAUCCCUUCCUAAUAAUAGCCCAAACAAUAUCACUAAUGCUAUGCGCAUCCUAAUAGGGUGCAAGAACCUCAGCACUUUAAUCCUGUCAAAAAACUUUUACAAUGAACCACUGCCUGGAGACGAAGACUUGAUAAGAACUGGCGAGUUCCAAAAUCUUCAAGUCCUGGGUUUAGGUGGCUGUGGAUUCGCGGGUCUAAUUCCAAUUUGGCUGUCUAGACUAGAUAAGCUAGAGGUUCUAGAUUUAUCGCUUAACAACAUCACAGGCUCCGUCCCGGGAUGGUUUGGGGACCUUCCAAACCUUUUCUACUUGGAUUUGUCCCAAAACCUUUUAUCAGGAAACUUCACCAUGGAACUUAUAAAACUGAGAAGACUAGCAACACAACAGACUUUGGAUCAAGUAGAGCAAAGUUAUUUAGAAUUGACUGUCUUUGUUCAGCCCAAUAAUGCCUCCAAUCUGCAAUCCAACCAGCUCUCCAACUUGCCACCAGCUAUAUACCUCAGGAAUAACGGUAUCAAUGGUACCAUCCCAAUUGAGAUUGGUCAAUUGAAGUUUAACGUUGCUCUGGAUCUCAGCAAUAACAAUUUCUCUGGCAGCAUUCCGGACACAAUAGCUAAUCUCACUAACUUGGAGAAACUGGACCUCUCUAGCAACAAUCUAUCUGGUCAAAUUCCUGCAUCGCUCAAAAAUCUUCAUUUUCUGUCCCUUUUUAUGUUGAGUAACAACAAUCUCGAAGGUCUUAUGCCUGUAGGAGGUCAGUUUGACAUAUUUUCUAAAUCAAGCUUUGAAGGAAAUCCACUUUUGUGUGGUAAAAUUUUGUAG